CCGCGGCCUGGGCUGUGGGUCCCUCCCUUGGCGGGGGCGCGCGGCGCGGAGGACCGCACGGAAAGGGGGAAGUCAGGUGGCCGCUGUUGCCGCCGCCGCCGCGGUUUGUCGCCAGAAGGAAAAUGGCGGAUCUGGAGGAGCAGUUGUCUGAUGAGGAGAAGGUGCGUAUAGCAGCAAAAUUCAUCAUUCAUGCCCCUCCUGGAGAAUUUAAUGAGGUGUUUAAUGAUGUUCGGUUACUGCUCAAUAAUGAUAAUCUUCUCAGGGAAGGAGCAGCCCAUGCAUUUGCACAGUAUAACUUGGACCAGUUCACUCCAGUAAAAAUUGAAGGUUAUGAAGAUCAGGUAUUGAUAACAGAACAUGGUGACUUGGGAAAUGGAAAGUUUUUGGAUCCAAAAAACAGAAUCUGUUUCAAAUUUGAUCACUUAAGAAAGGAAGCAACUGAUCCAAGACCGUAUGAAGCAGAAAAUGCAGUUGAAUCAUGGAGAACUUCAGUAGAAACUGCUUUGCGAGCUUACGUAAAAGAACAUUAUCCGAAUGGGGUCUGCACUGUAUAUGGUAAAAAAAUAGAUGGACAGCAAACCAUUAUUGCAUGCAUAGAAAGCCAUCAGUUCCAAGCAAAAAACUUCUGGAAUGGUCGUUGGAGGUCAGAGUGGAAGUUUACAAUCACUCCUUCAACCACUCAGGUGGUUGGCAUCUUGAAAAUUCAGGUUCAUUAUUAUGAAGAUGGUAAUGUUCAGCUAGUGAGUCAUAAAGAUAUACAAGAUUCCCUAACGGUGUCUAAUGAGGUGCAAACAGCAAAAGAAUUUAUAAAGAUUGUAGAAGCUGCAGAAAAUGAAUACCAGACUGCCAUCAGUGAGAAUUAUCAGACAAUGUCGGACACUACUUUCAAAGCCUUACGUCGACAGUUGCCAGUUACACGCACUAAGAUUGAUUGGAACAAGAUCCUUAGCUACAAGAUUGGCAAAGAGAUGCAGAAUGCAUAAGAUGAACAUUGCAUGACCGGAUCAUUUUAGUGUCUUUGCGUUUUAAAAAAUAAUCAUUGCAAAAGUAUUCAGAACUGUCAAGCUACCCAGUCAGAUGGGCUGUUGCCGUUUAAAAAAAAAAAAUCACUGUAAUUAAUUAGUUUGGUUAGAGCACAAAGCUUAGCUAAUCAACCAUUAUUUUUCAUUUCUUUUGUUCAAAGAGGAUUGAAAAUCAGUUUAGUUUAAAUGUCUUCUACUUUCUGUUAUUCCUUUCUUUCUUACAAUGAAGAGAUGAUUCCUCUAGUUUAACGUUAAUAGCGUUAAAAGUUUUUGAAGCGUUUCAAAAAUAUUUUACUUAUCAUAACCCUAAAGUUGUUUUUUGGUUUAUGAAGUGGGUAACUUUUGAUAUUCGCCCAGUUCUUUUUAAUGGGGUCAAUAAUGGACAUUCUAGUUUAAGGUGGUUGAUGGAUUUAGCCAUAUAUGCUGCUAAAGAAAUUGUCUACCUUUUCCCCCUCACCUCCUCCAUUUAUGUAAUUGAGAUUAGAGGGAGAGCAUUUUCUAUAUGAAUUGUGUUUAAACCUUUCAAGAAGGUUAUUUAGCUAGCUUAGUGUUUAACUAAACUUUUUUUAAACAAGGCCAAGGUCUAAUGCUGUUUUGAGAUUCUGAAAUUAAAUGAAAAUACUUAUUUCAGAAAUGCAUUUAAUGCUUUUUUUCUUGUGACAGUUACGCAAAUUAGCUUGAAUUCCGUAUGUCCCUGAGUUAUUUUUAUCAUAAAGCCACAAAUGUAUUAUAACAAGGCAAAUUGUAAUAUAUAUAAUCCUGAACUCA